AUGACGACCCAAAAUGAGUCCCUUUCCGACCCCAUGACCUCUCUAAUGUCGCAAGUCCCAGCGGCCAUGAAUGAAUGCCUCGAUAAAUAUUCCUCCAACAUGAAAUCAAGCGCGCCUUGGCGCAAACCACGAUGCAACAUUUUUCAACGAGCUUCUGAUCGCGUGCAACUCGCGUACUACCGCUACGAAGUGACCUUCGGCCUUUAUGUGUUGACAUCCAAUGAGAAACUCGUCGUCAAUGCCUUCGUUUCGACCGUCAUAACCUUAAUCUUCUGGGCCCUUCUUUACUUCCCGACCUUGGUCUAUAACAAGGGGGACAAUCUCAUCUGGUUGCUGACAGGCCAUGGCAGCCAGCAACCUAGCACCAUGAUGGUGUGA